AUGACGCAAGCAAAUGCUGGUGGAUCAGCUAAAGAUGCAGCCGAUCAAAACUUCGAUUACAUGUUUAAAUUACUUAUUAUUGGCAAUUCAUCUGUAGGAAAAACAUCAUUCCUUUUUCGAUAUGCAGAUGAUUCGUUCACAUCAGCAUUUGUGAGCACAGUUGGAAUUGACUUUAAGGUUAAGACAGUAUUUCGACAUGAUAAACGCGUUAAGCUACAAAUAUGGGAUACAGCUGGUCAAGAACGUUAUCGCACCAUAACAACUGCUUAUUAUCGUGGAGCAAUGGGUUUCAUUUUAAUGUACGAUAUCACUAACGAAGAAUCUUUUAAUGCUGUACAGGAUUGGGUUCUACAGAUAAAGACACAUUCAUGGGAAAAAACCCCGGUUAUAUUGGUUGGAAAUAAAUGUGAUAUGGCAAAUGAGAAAGUCGUUAUGACUAUAGAAGGAAAAAAACUUGCCGAUGAUCUCGGUUUGGAAUUUUUUGAAACCUCAGCAAAAGAAAAUAUCAAUGUUAAAGCUGUUUUCGAAAGAUUGGUUGAUAUUAUCUUAGAAAAAAUGUCCGACGCACCGGAAGAUCCGAGUGGCAAUAGCGGCCAAGGAAAUGCCGCUUACAGUAGCCAAGCAGGUGCCUAUAACAAAGGAACGGCUCGACUUACCGUUAACGAUCAACAAUCGAAAGAUGAUCGCAAUUGUCUUAUUCCAGUCAAUGUUUUCCUUUCUAUUUAUUUGUCGUUGUUUGUCUUAUACCAUUCCGAUUCAAGUUUAUUCUAUGUAUAUAUAUAUAUCCGAUGCAGCGAACCGUUGCACAAUCUGGUUGAUUAUACGAGCAAAACAAUUGAGUUCCUAGCACUAUUUCAAUUAAUGUGA